UUUCCUCUUUUUGUCCCUCAAACCUGCCCGCAUGUUACUGCUGGAACAGCUUUAAAACGAAGUGUGGAGACACUGUAGAUCUGACUAUAGGAGACUAAUAUGUUGCUGUUUUGAGUUUGUUUUCAAUAAAGUUGAGGGAAAAAACAAACUAAAAAAAGGACCUGAUGAUGAGUAAAUAGCGUGCAUGCUACCUGACACACUGGAAACACUGAAUUAUGAAACAUGCUGACGGUUUUUUAUUCUUGAAGUUGUAAAUGAACUAAAACAUGCUGGAAUAUUCUGUUCAAAGACACAUCAUCAGAUGACAGUUUGACACGGUUUUUAGUUUAUGGUUUAAUCGAUCAACAGAAUAUUAAUCAGCGACUAUUUUGAUGAGCAAAUAAUUGUUUUAGUAUGUUUUUAAUAAAGGAAAGGUGACAUAAAGUUGUUGUUAAUAAAAAGACCUAAAUCAAAACAAUAUAUAUUUACUGUGUGUCCUAACUAUGCUUUAAGGAAGUGCUCCUUCUAUUUAAAUAAAAGCUCUAAAUAUUUCCUCCACACUGAUUAUAUUCAGUCAAUAUAUAGUACAGUGUUGUUCAGGUUUUUACACUGUAUGUAUUUUACGUGUGAAGCUGAAAUGUCCGACGGCGUCUGAAGGCAGCAGUGAGUUUCUACAUCCCACAAUGCACCGCGCUUAGUGAACGUUUCCAUAGAGACGCAGCUGCGAUGUCUCAGCUGACGGCUGAAGACGAGCUGGAGUUACAGUCUCUGCUCAAGCAGCUUCUGAGAAGCGUCAGCGACAGGAUCUCUGGAGCUCCGUCCACCGAAUGUGCUGAAGAGAUUCUUCUUCACCUGGAGGAGACUGACAAGAACUUCCACAAUUAUGAGUUUGUAAAGUACCUCCGUCACUAUGUGGAGAAUUCACUGGGAACUGUGGUGGAAGAGGAGACGAAGAACUUGACCAGAGGAGAUGGACAACAUGCGAUCGGUUCAGGUCACGACACCCUGAUCCACGCCGUGACCCGCAGGACCAGAGAGUCGGCUGAGUACCAGCAGAUGAUGCACACUCUGAAAAACAGCAUGAUCAUGGUGGUGGAGUCUCUGAUCAAUAAAUUUGAGGAGGACCAGCUGAGGAAGGAGGAGAUGCACCGAGAGAAGCAGCACAGUCAGUCCAACAGUCAGUACACAGACAACUGCUCUGACAGCGACUCCUCCUUCAACCAGAGUUACGCGUUCAUCAGACAAGAGCAGCUGCAAGCUUUGGCUGAAAAACUUGACUCCAGCAGACCCAAAGAGGUGCGUUGGGAGGCCCUGCAGGUGCUCUGCUGCGCUCCUCCGUCUGACGUGCUGAGCUGUGAGAGCUGGAGCGGCCUGCGCAGGAACCUCUGUGCAGCUCUGACCGAACCCGACCUCAGCGACAACGUGCUUCAGUUCUUUGCUAAAAGCUUCUCGUCUUCUCCGCUGAACGUGACCCGAGAGAUCUACACCAGCCUGGCUAAAAGUGUGGAGUCGACUUUUCUGUCUCACAAGCUGAACUUUCCGAGCGGCUCAGCCGUCGUCGACAUCAACAGACCUGAGAUCAGCCGACCGCUCAAACAGAUUCGAUUGAUGAACGACUUUCAGAAGGAGGUGACGACCUUUUGGAUCCGACAUCCGGAGAAGUACAUGGAGGAAGUUAUAGAGAGCACUUUCUCCCUUCUGUCCUUCCAUCAUGAACUUGGUUCAGCUUCACCUCGGACAGAGAAGAUCUUGGAACCUGUUCACUUAUUGGCCUUACUGGAUAUUAAAGCCACCUGGUUCAAAAAAUGGAUGCACGGCUUCUACAGUCGGACUGUGGUUCUCAGACUCCUGGAGAGAAAAUACAAGUCUCUGAUCGUAGCAGCUCUCCAGCAGUGUAUCCAUUACAGUGAAUCCUGUGAACGUUUCACAAACGAGUCAUCUGAUCCUCAGUCGGCGGAGCAGCAGCAGAACGCUGGCUCCGUCCAGCGGAGCGUCUAUACAGGAAAGGAGCUCGAAUACGUCUUCUUCGUCCACUCGCUUUGUGUUUUGGGGAAACUCCUCAUCUACACUAACGGGAGAAAACUGUUUCCUGUCAAAGUGAAGAACCGUAAAGAUCCAGUCAGCCUGACAGACCUGGUUGUCAUCCUGAUUAACAUCAUGUACCAACACCCCAAACCCCCGCACAGUGAUGCGUCACACACAGACUCAUUGUCGCCAAGCAGUCUGGUGAUGGAGCUGCUGUGGAUGUUGUGUGAGAGGACAGAAUGUGCUGCAGAGUGUCUCCAUCACACCGCUGUGAUAGAGACGCUGCUGGCUCCUGUUAUAGCUCUGCUCAAUGGACAGCAGGUCAAAUUAAAGUCUCCUGCAGCAACACUGACGCUCAUCGCUGACGUUCUGGCUCGCAUCGCAAACACUGACAGAGGAUUAGCUCUCUUCUUGUAUGAGAAGAAUCUGGUUAUAGCCCACAGUGAGAGAACCUUUGCUGCUCAUGUGAUAGUACAGUUCACCCUGAAGCUGCUGGAUAAGGAGCUUUCAUCGCCGAGUCAAUCCGACGUGUCUCAUACAUUAUGUGGAGCCUUUAUCUUCGUCUGUAGGCAGAUAUACAACACCUGUGAGGGUUUACAGGUCCUCCGACUGUACGGCCUGCACAAGGCUGUAGCUGCUGCAUGGAAAAAGACCAGUUCCUUGUCAGAAAGGGUUCUGACCCCGGUACCUGGAACCGACGCUGGAACAUCCACUCAGGAACUUCAGAACAUGCUCAUCUGGGAGGAGACGCUGUUGGACAGCCUGCUGAACUUUGCUGCAACUCCUAAAGGUCUGCAGCUGCUCCAGCAGACAGGAGCCAUCAAUGAGUGCGUCUCCUACAUGUUCUCACGCUUUACCAAGAAACUACAGGUGAGCCGCUGUGAGAAGUUUGGAUACGGGGUGAUGGUGACUCAGGUGGCAGCGACUGCUCCCGGCGUGGCGGCUUUGCACAGUUCAGGUUUCGUGCGGGCGCUGGUGCUCGAGCUCUGGUCGGCUCUGGAGUGCGGCAGCGAAGACGUCAGGGUGGUCCGUCCCAAACCGACACCCAUGGACCCCAUAGACAGGAGCUGCCUCAAGUCCUUCCUGUCCUUGGUCAACCUGCUGUCGUCCUCCCAGUCGGUGUGGGAGCUACUGGGCCAGCAGCCGUUAGCCAACAAGAGCGAGUACACCCUGAGAGAGAUGCCGACCUCCAUACCUGAUUUGAUUGACAGGCUGAUCGCCGUGAAUGCAGAUGUGAAGAUUCAUUCUCUGUUCCACUACGAACAGUCUCACACGUUCGGCCUCAGACUGCUCAGUGUGCUCUGCUGUAAUCUGGACUCCUUCCUGCUGUUGGAGAGCCAGUACAACAUCUGCUCCAUGCUGCUGCAGAGUCAGAGGGAGAACGUCAGCGAGCAGGACGCCAGUGACGGGGAGCUCAUCAUAGACAGUCUGUCGGUGGAGAGGAAUCACGUGCUGGUCCGGGUCAGUUUGGUCGGAGGUCCGUCUGAGAGGAAGCUUCCACCUCGAGCCCUGCAGGAGGGAGAAGAUCCGUACCCCUGGCCCAUGUUUUCACGGUAUCCUCUUCCUCACUGCUACACCUGCGACCCGCCGACGAUCCACCACAACUCAGCGGAUCCUGAGCUCACUACGUUUCUGGCGUCGUCUAAAGACACGAAGAACGAGGAGAACUGGAUGGAAACGUGCAGGAGACACUACCGCAGAGUCAUGACCACCAAACCCAGCAUCCUGACUGGAAAAAUGCUGGCUGACCUUCUGGAGAAGGUAGUGAACCAUCUAUCCAGCUGUGCCACAGAGUGUUUCUUCUCUCCGGCUCAGUUCAAAGCAGAAGAGAAGAGUGUGAAGAGUGCUGUAUUAUCUUCUGUGGAACAGCUGGGAAUCAACAUCUGUCUCAGGUACGGCAACUACCUCAAGCUACUCAAAGAAGAUGCUGCAGACGACCUGACGCUGCUCAUGAAGCACAUUAAGAUCUUCUUGUCCACACAAAGAGUUAAAACGUCUUCAGUGCUCAUCACUCAGCAGGAUGGUUAUCCAGGUCACGACUGGUUGGCCUCCACAGUUUUCCUCCUCAUGUGCGGAGACACGCAGCGAUCUCUACGUCUGUUACUCAGCCUGUCGUCUCUGCUCGCCUCCGCCUUCAUCUGGCCGGCGAGGAUACACGCAUCUAUCCAUGUUCCCGUGGCGGCGGCUCAGUCAGGAAUCCCUCCGGUCUACUGGUGCACAGCUCACUAUGUGGAGAUGCUGCUGAAAGCUGAAGUUCCUCUGGUUCACUCUGCCUUCAGGAUGUCUGGAUUCACUCCGUCACAGAUGUGCCUCCACUGGCUGACUCAGUGUUUCUGGAACUAUCUGGACUGGACAGAAAUCUGCCAGUACGUCUCCACCUGCGUGCUGAUGGGUCCCGACUACCAGGUUUACAUCUGUGUGGCUGUUCUCAAACAUCUGCAGCCAAACAUCCUGCAGCGCACUCAGUCCCAGGAGCUGCAGGUCUUCCUCAAGGAGGAGCCAAUCCAGGACUUCAAAGUCAGCGACUACCUGGAGUUCAUGGAGGGUCUGGAGAGCAGCUACAGGAGCGUCGUUCUCACUGACAUGAAAACUGUCUGUAACCCUGCAGAGUAACAACAUGUUCCACAAAGAAAGAUCUUUAAAUGGACUUUUGAACUUUUAAAUUACAGUAACUUCAUUACAGAUAUGUAUUUAGUACCUUUAUGUAUCCUGAACUGAAUGUUUCCUGCUGGUCAAACCGCUCAGUGAGCUCAAACCCGGCAGACGGAGAUGAAUCAGGACCUCGCCAUCAGAAUAAAUACGCUUCAGUUUGUGACGACAUUGAUGGAAAACAGAAGUUUGGACACAAAAUCACCAAAGUUCUCUGCAAGUACUCACAUACGGUGUGUGUCAUAUAAACAGCAGAAAGAAACACUAAGAACAGACAUACAUUCAUUAACAGGCUUAAAUGAUGAAACUGGUGAUAUUCUAUAUUCUUCUUAUUGUCAACAAAUCCAAUGAAAAAACCAGAACCUGAUGAAUAUCUUGUUCUCCUGCACUAUAGAUCUACUAGAAACACAUUAAAGAGCCACACUGCUGCUCUUCUGUUCCUUCAUUAUAUCAACAUGGACACUGAAGUUAAUGUCCAGUCAGUCCGACACUCGUCCUGCUGCAGAUACUCACUGAAGCACCCGAUGACAUAGCCAUAAAAACAUUUGAAGUUUUAUUGAAUGAUGAUACAAUAAAACUUCAGACUGUAACGUUGACAGAUUUCUGCUGUAUUUGACUCGUUCGGACGCCUCCUCCUGACUCAAAAACUCGUCAUUUAACAACCUCGAAGCUGCUGAAGAGGAAACAAAGGAGGGAACAGUGUGAUCAGCGGUUAAAGGAUUUGCAGAUGAUGAGAAAAAUACAGAAUAUCAUCAGAAUAUACUCGAGUGGAGUCUGUGAAAGAUUACUGAUCAAAUAGUUUAAUGUCAUUUUUCUGCUCCUGUACAAAGUUGUACAUUUACGUGACUGAACAUGAUGUGAUCAUGAACAGCUGUUGUUUAGAUUUAGAAAAUGUUUUAAUUCUGUAUUUAUUUUUUCCUACAAUGUAAAUAUGUGAAGAUCUUUUUGUAUUUGCUCAACAAGAUGUUCUUGUUCUAAGUAUUAAAAGGAGCUUUCAGUCA